GUAAUUAACUAGCCAUUUACCCUUUCUCUAGCUAUGAACAAAUACCGAGACAUAAUAGGCUAGUUACUUCAAAACUUCUCAAAAUGGCUCACCUGUUAGGGCGUCAAGAUUGUGUGGAAAGUCUACGGAAAGAUCUAAUAGACCUUCAAGGCACUGUUCUCGAUGUCUUUUCCCGAACAGGACCUGUCCGCUUUGCUUCAUGGAAGUUCCCUGACAAACUGUCAUGUAAUCUGGACCUGGUGUCACUUCUUGAUCAAUAUGACUUUGUUGAUGGCGAGGACGAAUUUAAUCAGCACGCCCACAUUGUUUUGCUGGAGCUGGUGAUUGAUAGACUGUUGCUCCUUCUGCAGAGUUUUAAUGCUCAUGCUGAACAGAUGAGGAUUGGACAGAGGAUAGAACACCUUCAGCAAACAAGCCCAUGUGUGUCAAUUGGUCUUGUUGUCAGAUAUUACUGGAAUAACUUGAUACAGCUUGUCAAUCAACAGGGCAUGACCAAAGACAGUCAAAAAGUGCCUAAACCUACAAAACAUGAAGAAAUAAAUCUCUCUCCAGCACCCUCUGUUACGAGCUGUGGGGACCUCAGAGUAGGACCUCCAUCUUCUGGUAAAACCAACAGCGUGCACUGCGUUGGCAUGCCGACGAAUCAAGUCAGUGGUCAGUCCUCCAGUGCUGCUAGCAGAGCUGCCCUCCCUCACAACACAACUCCAGUAUCCUCAGACACUCACAGUGUGAGCUGCCAGACAGUCGAGUCCUGUCUAGUUCCCUGUGAUGCCUGUGCCCAUGUCCAGUCCAGCCUGAGGGAGACCGCUGAUGCUCUUGUGGAGCUGUGUAGGACCGAGGGUCUGCCCUCCUCCCUGCAGCGCCUCCUGGUGGCUGUGGACGACACCUCUGCCCAGGGCCGUCUGACUGCAGGCGACCUCGCUCAGUGGUCCACAGAGCAGCGUAGAGACAUGGGCCGGCUGGGGAAACACCUACAGGAGGUCCGGGCCACGGUGCAGCCGCUAAGGGAUGGGCUUCAGGCAGCGGAAGGGGAACUGGACAGGUUCAAGUCUCAGCUGCAAAGAGCACAGGAGGAACUGCAACGGGAAAGGGAGAACUAUCAAGCCAGCACACAACAGCAGCAGCAAAAACUACUGGAGGCUCAGACUUCCUGGGUGGAGACUGAGAGAAGACUACAGGAAGAACAGGAACAGCUGAGGAGAGGCACAGUCUCCUUGGAGGACAGCAACUCCAAAUUAAAAGAAGAUAUCAGUUUACUACAGGAAAGAUUACGUAUACUUGAGUCAGAGAGAAAUAAGCUGCACGAAGAGGUGAAGUCCUUGCGGAAAGAGGAGGACACGAGGCAUGAACUGGAGGAGAAGACGCACACGUUAGAGUCUCAACUGUCCAGUACUCAGCUGUUACUUGACAAAGAGAGUGCCAAGUACCAAAGCGCCUGUCGACAACAGGAGUCAAUGCAGGCCAAGCAGGGUUCUCUGUUGGAGCGUGUGGAUGCUCUUGACCAGGAAUGUGAGGAACUGCAGAACCAGCUGGGCGAGGGAGAAGACAGACAGACUGACCUUCAGGAGAAACUACAACACAUUUCAGAAGAGAGGACAGAAGUGCAGGCCCAGCUCAUCCAACAACAGGCCUUGUGUUCUGAACUGCAGGAACAGAAGCAAAAACUGGAGGCUUAUGUAGGCGAUCUGACAGACAGCGUGACUAAGCUCAGGCUGGAGGUGAAGGAGUUGGCCCAGAGGGAAAGGCUGCUGGUGGCUUUCCCCGAGCUCAGCUCCGCUCCUCAGGGACCACCACAGAGCACAGGUGACGUGCUGAGGGACAUGGAACAGCAGCUGCAUGCUAACAGUGUCCGGAUCAGGGUUCUGGAGAGGGAGAACACCACUCUACACAGCACCCUGACCAAGCUGCGGCCAAGACCCCAACACGGAGCCCCGGAGGCAGCCUCUCCUCAGCAGGCAGAGAGCUCAGCUCUGUCUCACACGCCUGUGGUGAGCCAGCAGGUUCCCACGCCACAUGGACAGCCCAGUCCGUUGCAGACCACUAGUACCGGGCAGUGGAGGCGUGGCCUAUCUGGAAACGGGGCCAGUGAGCCCCCAGUAGUGGUGGGGCCUUGGGACCACGCAUCCACGGCUGCCUCCUCUGCCUCGCCCUCCGCCUCGCCCUCCGCCUCACCCUCUGCCUCGCCCUCCUCCACCGCUCAGCUACGCCACCAGACGCUCAUACUCUCUCCAGACACCAGUGCUGCCAAGACGUACUCCAAAAUACGACAGGCCUCCCAAGCUCGUGCCAACGCCAUGCACACAAAGAGGAAGUGAAUCAAGAUUUGGACGGUCAAAUAAUAAAUCGACGAAGGGCUGGAUUUACAGGCCUACGCUUGGGGUGUGUAUUACAGUAUGCUGAAACCACAUGAGGUGCAAUUUCAAUCUUGUCCACAGGGGGGUGCUAAAGGAGAGAAUCUCUAUCCCAGAGAACAGGCCCAACACACUGGGCUGACCAUGAGAGGUUAUUCAAAUACAUUUUCCUGUGUGGAUAAGCAAGCUUUAUCUGUAAUAUAUGUUGUAUUGUAAUAUAAUGUUCUAUACCUAGUGUGGAAGACAGAGGAUCUUGAAAAAUUAAGUGAGUACUUAGUCCUUACCAUGAGCCAUGGCAAACAAAAUCAUUAAAACACAUCAAUAAUUAAAACUCAUGAAUAACACAUUGGGCACAGCAUAUGUUCAUCCAUGAUGGUGAUUACUAAGGGGGUUUGUUUAUUUUAAAAGGUCAAUAUAUGUACCGUGCAAAGCAUAAAACUGGUAAGGCUGAA